AAUGUUCAUGACCUUUCUUGCCAGGUGCUGGAGAAAUUCAUGUCCCGUCUCGUUCAGAACCGGGUGAUGGCCCACAAGGACCUUCGGACUCUCAGCAAAUACCAGCUCAUCCUCGCAAGGGACCAGUUCCGGAAGAAUCCUCCACCACACCUCAAGGCAUGGACUUUUUUGGAAAUAUUAAACAAGACGUACAGCUUCUUAUUAUGCGGUCCACAGCAGGGUAUGCUGGAAGGCGACUUUGCCCUUUGCAUCAGCCUGUACCAUGGCUACGAGUUGCUUAUGCAGAUGGGCCUCAGAUCCCUCUUCUUUUACUUCCAGGGAAUCAUGGAUGGAUCCAGAGACAUGUCCAGGGCCAAGAACGAGCUGCAGAGGACACCGAUGUUCAUGGCUCUUUACCAUGACAUGAAGACAAAGUUUGCAAAGCCAGCCACUGGUCCAGAUGAGCCAUUCAUUUACAGCCACCCCAAACUGGAGAGACUGGAGGAGGUGGUGUUGCAACAUUUCAGAGUGUGGGCAGAGAGCUCGGCAGACAAUAAUGGACCUCAAGGAGAAAACACACGUGUGAUGAUUUUUUCCUCAUUUCGGGAGAGUGUGCAGGAGAUCGCUGCCAUGUUGAACCGCCACUCGCCUCUGAUCAGGGUCAUGACUUUUAUGGGCCAAGCCUCAGCUGGGAAGGGGGUGAAAGGCUUCACCCAAAAGGAACAACUAGAGGUGGUUCAGAGGUUUCGGCAGGGAGGCUUCAACACGCUGGUCUCGACGUGUGUGGGGGAAGAAGGGCUGGAUAUCGGAGAGGUGGACCUCAUUGUGUGCUUUGAUGCCCAGAAGAACCCAAUCCGCCUCGUGCAGCGUAUGGGACGCACUGGACGCAAGCGACAGGGACGCAUUGUUGUCAUUUUGGCUGAAGGAAAAGAGGAGAGGACCUAUAAUCAAAGCCAGAGCAACAAGCGCAGUGUGUACAAGUCCAUCACUGGCAACAACAGCAGCUUCCUCAUGUACCCCAAUAGUCCCCGCAUGCUGCCGGAUGGUGUCAACCCCACACUCCAUAAGAUGCACAUCACCUGUGGCCAGUUUGACCACGGAGAGGGCAGCCGGAGGUCUGUCAGGGGUCGGAGGUCGCACUCUGAGGGACGUGCUUCACUCAUCCAUCCUCAGAACCUGAUUCAGCAGGGUUGCACAAAAUCGGAUGGCUUCCUGAGCAGUGCAGAAUAUUCUGUGUGGGCAUCCACUAUGAAGCUGGAAGAGCAUGAAACUCAUCCAACAUUUAAGAACUCACACUUUGUGUCGAUUCCCCACCAAGAAGAACACAGGGUUCAGGAGAAGAAUCCCAAAAACAGACCACAAAGCAGAGAGCUCUCUUUGUGGGAAUGGAGACACUGGCAGCACAAAGCACUUCCCUUCCAUGCUGUCGAUCAUUCUCUCCGCUGCAACCAUUUUAUUAAAGUGAUGGAGCUCAUAGACGGCAUGAAAGAGGAAAAUGAGGGGGAAUGUCGCUAUGAAGAGGAACUUCUUCCAUACAUCCACAAAGAGUACACGGAGAAAAUCCGACUGACGAAACAGAAGGCCACAAAGACCCAUGCCAAAAGCACCAACAGCAAACCUAAACCGUCUACCUCCUCUUGGACUGAGCUGGAAAAUAUGGAAGUGGGUCUAGAAGAGGAGAAUCCCUGGACAGCGGGGUUAGAUUUGGCAUGGACCAAACAAAAACCCGUUCCUGAAGACAACGCUGAGGUGCCAUGUGACACCAUGGCAGAUAACUCUAGACGUGUAGACAGCAGUGACAAUGAAGACUGUGCCAUUGUUAAUGUCUCAAAUGCAGAUUAUGCAUGUGCAGAUCCUCCCAAUCCUGAUGACAUAUCAGAGGCUAAUGCUAACAGUGACGAGGACCUUGAAGUCGAGGCAAUGUUCUACCUCCCCAAGUGGGAACGGACACCGCAGCCCCUGCUUGACAAAGCAGGGAAAAGUGAGAAUCUGAAAGCCAUCCUCUCCAAUGUGGCUGAACUUCUCUCUCGCUCUCCACCUCCACUGGCUGACAUUUUGGAGGUGGAACCUGCCGCACAUUUACCUGCUGCUUUUUCUCCUCCGCAUCAUCAGCCAUUUGUGGUCAGCUUUAAUUUGAGUAUAGAGGAUGAUGAUGAAGACACGUCCGGUGGAGCUGGCAGUCCAGCCCCAGGCCCCGAGGCAGCACAACCUUCAACGAAAACAGAAGUCGGUACCAGCGAGCAGCCCGUCGGUACGGCUGCCAGCAGUCCUAGCUGGGAUGAAGUUUUUGAGGACAAUGAUGAUGAUAUCAGAGAUGACAACGUGGAGACGAAUUAUGCCAGGUACAACUACUCCAACUACGAAGGAAACGGCGAAAUAAAAAGCAACGAGGGCCUCGCUAGCAAAGAAAAAGACGUCAGCUGUAAAAGGAGGGAUGAGUCUUUUCCUCAGCUGAUAAAUGAUGGCAAUGAAGAAGUCAGAGGUUCUCAGGACAGCAUAGAUCUGUUUGAAGACGACGAAGCCUUCCUUCAGAUGACGAUUCCGGACAUCGCCACUCCCGAGGACAAUGUCCCAUCCAAUACGUUCCCCGACGCUAAAGACACUGAUAAGUACUCUGAAGAGUUAGCUCUGCCUGCUAACAACCCCACCCCGACAAACCCAAGCAGCACUGCACAGCCAGUCCACUGCACACGGGGGCUCAACGCAGUGUGCAUGAAAGAGGUCCAAACCGAGCACAGAACUCAUGCUCCAAAUCCAAGAAGGGAGGACCAGGAGAGCCACAAUAUAACUGAGACCAAACUAAACUUGCAUACGGUGGUGCAAAAUGAACUCAUCACGGAUCAUUCAAAGAAAGUUGCACCUCAUUUCAAUGUCUUUGACGUAUCCGAGCAAUUUGACACCAGCACCGACUUGUUUCCUGUCAAUUUUGACCUCGGUUAUUCACUGGAAGACUCUGACGAUGAGACGGAAGCGGGUGCUGUCCCAGAACCCGGUGCACCGGCUGACCCUUACCCCUCGACUCCUUACAACAGACUGAACACUGAAUCCAAGCUGUCCACUCCAGGGAUUCCAUCAGAGAGCGGGAUACGGAAAUGCAGGGUACUACUGUCUCCCAUCACAUCCACAGGAGUGAGGCGAACGCUCCUGCCUGGUCACGCCAGGCCUGCGUCCUCCAGCUGGAAGCGGAGACGACCAGAAAGUGGCAGUUCACUGCGGGAAUCCGUUCAUGUGGUGGACUCCCCUCCUCAUCCCGAGUGUAGCAGUAACAGUGAAGACGAGGUUGUUUUCCACAAAAGAAGACAUCAAAACAAAGUUAACCCCCUGUCAUCCCCAGAAAUGGCUAAGAUGGCCAGUGAUGUGGACUCCCCAGUGGUAACGAAAAGGAAACGCACAAAUGCUCUGAACACGUCUGACGAAAGUCAAGAAGAAGCUGUUUCUGAUGAGGAUUUCCAGAAUGAGUCCAUGAUCACGCGCAGAACCACAGCACCAUACGCUAAGAGGAAAAGAGCCAAGCAGGCUAAACACAAGAAUACUACAUGUCCAAAAGGCCGCCACUUCCUGGACGAGGAGGCGCAGGUGUCAGAUGAUGAAAAUGGAGCGGGCCUUUCAUCUGAUGAAGAGGACGGAGAAGACCAAAACCGGUCUCUCGACGGCUUUGUGGUUGACAACACGCACCUCUCGCAGGGACUGAAUGACUCGGAGAUGCAGGGGAUCUACCUGAAGUCGGUGAGGAGCCCUGCUGUCCAGGGCAAAUUCAAAAUGUCAUACCGAAACCAUCACAACAUGGACAUUUUUUCACAGGUGCCUGAGAUGGACGAGACGUAUGCAGAGGACAGCUUUGUGGUCGGGAGCGAUGUGGAGGAGCUGGAGAGCAAUGAGGAAGAAGAGGCAGAAGAUGUCGAACUAAUCCCCGAGGCCUCUUUUGUGGAUGGGAGGAGGCAGUACGCCACCAGGCGGCGUGUUUUCCUCCACAAAGCCAGAGCAGGCGACGGGACCAAGGCCGGAGUCAGGCCUCCACCAGAGCAGAGAGCGGGAGGGAAAAAAAAACGCACUCGGAUCAUACACAUGAAUGGCUCCAGCGAGGAGGAGACAGAAGAUGCAAGCACAGAGGGGAGUGGCAUCCCCUUGCGGCCGAACUCGGCACAACCGGACCCCAGUAAGCAGAGGGCCUUGUUUCCGGCUUCGGUGAGCAUAGCAUCGAAGGUGUCACUGUUGAGUAAAGCAGAGAGGAGCUCAGUGAGUGCAGAGCAACAAGCAGAGAGGUGUCGCCAGAGGCUUGAAAACCAACAUCUCCUCUCUGAAGAGCUCGACUUUGCUGAGGCAGAGCAGCCCUUUCCCUCCAAGAAACCAUCCCAGCCGGUUUCGGGCACCUCCUCGGGGCCCCACCAGUCCGCCUCCCGGGAUCGGACAGCCGGGGGGUCCCGCCCGGCUCCCGGGUCUGUGUGCAUUCUGGCGGACAGCCGGUGCAUCAGUAACGGCGUGGAGCUGAUGAGCUGCCUCCGCCAGCGCCACGCCGCCACCGUCCACGUCUGCUCGCUGGACGGCAGCUACUUCAUCGUCAGCAACCGCAUGGCCGUGGAGAGGCACAGCCAGUCGGAGCUGGCGGCCUUGCAGAACCGGAAGCGGCUGGCCGACAGAGUCAACAGCCUGCAGGAGCUGUUUGAGCGAGUGUGUCUCAUAGUGGAGAAAGACCGAACCAAGCCUGGCGAGGCCACGCGGCCGUUUCAGCGCACGCGUCUCUACGACAGCACCUUGGCAGCGCUGGUGCGUUUGGGGGUCCGCCUGCUGUGGAGCGACGGCGCCGAGGAGAGCGCCGGCUUGCUGGCGGAUCUGGCCGGGCUGGAACAGCGCAAGGGUCAGGGCAUCGCCGUGCCCCUGGAGGUCAAAGGGCAGCACAGCCAGCAGGCCCUGCAGCUGUACCUGAGCCUCCCCUCAGUCAGCUACGUCCACGCCCUAAACCUGAGCCACAACUUCAGCUCAAUCUCUCAGAUGAUUGACAGCCCGAUUGAAGCCAUUCAGAAAGCGGGCUGCAUGAGUCGACCCAGAGCGGAGGAGAUCUACCGCUUCCUGCGCUACUCCUGCGACUCCUUCCUCAUGGACACAUCAAAGACAGGAAAAACCAGCUAG